CCCCUCAGCGGUGGCGGGCGGGCCCGCCCCCGCGGCCCCAUGGCGGUGGCGGUGCUGCGGCCGCUGGACGCCCCGCCGGCGGAGCUAGCGCCCGGCACCGCGCUGCUACUGGCGCCGCCGCCGCUGUGCGCGGCGCUGCGCGGGCGGGGCGGCGGGCUGGUGCUGGCGGUGCGGCCGGCGGGGCGCGGCGGGGCGCAGGCCGUGCUGCUGAGCGCCGUGGCGCUGGAGGGCGGCGGGCGGCGGGGAGCGGAGCUGUGGCUGCGCGGGGCGCUGCUGCGGCGUCUGGGGCUGGCGGCCGGCCGGCGGGUGGCCGUAUGGCCCGUGCGCCGCCCGCCGGCCCUGGCCUGGGUGCUGCUGGGCUCGGCGGGGCGGGCGGCGAGGCCGGCGGGCGGCGCGGUGCUGGCGCGGCGGGGCGAGGCGCUGCCGGGGCCGGGCCCAGGCCCGGGCCCGCUGGUGCUGGAGGCGCGGCCCGCGCUGCAGGGGCUGCUGGGUAGCGGCACGCGCACGGCGCUCGCCCCCCCGCCGCCCGCCGGCGCCCCCUGUCGGCGCCCCGCCGCGCCGCCCCUCGUCUCCCGCUUCGCCGCCGCCGCUGGGCCCGGGCGGGAGGCGGCGGCGGCCCCGCGGCUGCGGGCGGUUCCCGGCGGCGGGCCGGGCGGCGGGGCGGAGGUGUGGGUGAGCCGGCGGGGGCUGCUGGCGGUGGGGCUGUUCCAGGGGGAGUGGGUGCGGGUGGGCGCCGAGGGGGCGGACCGCGAGCACCUGGCGGCGUUGCUGGCCCGCCCGCCCGCCUGGGAGUUCCCGCGGGCCGCCCGCCGCGGCCUGCCCGACGGCGCCGCCCUGCUGGCCCCCGCCCUGGCCUUCAACCUAGGCUGCGACCCCGCCGCUGCUGCGCUCCUCCGCCUGCGGAGGUACGAAAGGGCCGGGGCAGCGGAUGGGAAGGGCAGCCGCUCCGUGCUGGCCGUGCCGCCCUUCGCCAAGGAGCUGCGCCUGGAAAUGGUCCGCUCGCCAGCCUACAGCACCCGAGGGGGCUACGAUGGUGUCCUCUCCAAGCACUUUGAGACGCCGCGGCUUGUCCAGGAGGGAGACAUCCUGUGUGUUCCAACAUUUGGAUAUGCCGAGUUUUUAGAAGUAAAUGCAGACAAAUUCCUAAGGUGGCCAGAGCUUUACUUCAAAGUGAGGAAGGUUUUAGGCAUGGUGGAAGGCGAGCAGUCGGAGGGUUAUCUGGUGGACACCCAGAACACCUCUCUCUAUCUGGUGGGUUCAACAAACAGCACCGUUCCAUCUGCCCCAGCCUAUAACAGCCAUGAGUUCUGGAGCAGUUUGUCUCCUGCUGGACUUUCUGAUGUCGUGAAGCAGCUCUGUGAAGCUCUUCGGCCUCACCUGACCAGUCGGGCAGGUGCACUGAGCGGGGCCGGCAGCAUACUCCUCUCAGGGCCAAGUGGCAGUGGGAAGCUGGUGGUUGUCAGAGCUGUGUGCAGCUGCCUCAACCUCCACCUUUUCAAGGUUGAUUGCGUUAGUUUGUGCAGUGACACCAGUGGAGCCACAGAGGAGAAAGUACAGAUGGCCUUCGCCCAGGCCCAGCAGUAUCAUCCAUGCGUGCUUCUGCUGAAAGACAUUGAGGUGCUUGGCAAAGACCGGGACAGGCUAGUAGAGGAUGCCAGGGUCACCACUACUCUGAGACAGCUGCUCCUGGACAGAGACCCAGCACUGAGCUGCCCUGUCCUAGUGAUCGGCACAACCUGCAAGCCCCAGGAUGUUCCUACAGAUGUGCAGACUGCUUUCCUUCACGAAGUGAAAAUGGAAGCCCUGUCAGAAGAGCAGAGGAGGUUGAUGCUGAGCAUGCUGACAGCCAGUAUGCCUCUGGGCAAAGAAGUGAGCCUAUCCAAGCUGGCCCGCAGGACUGCAGGUUUUGUGCUGGGAGAUUUCUGUGCCUUGUUAUCCCACAGCAGCCGGGCGGCUUGCACCCGCAUCCAGACCUCGAGUUUCCCAGGUGGACUGAGUGAGGAAGUGGAGAGAGAUUUUUGCACUGCUGGGUUCCCAGUGCUUGAGGAGGAUUUUAGUGUUGCGCUGGACCAGCUGCACAGCACCCAUUCACAGGCAGUGGGAGCCCCGAAGAUCCCCUCUGUGUCCUGGCAGGAUGUUGGUGGGCUCCAGGAGGCAAAGAAAGAGAUCCUGGACACUAUCCAAUUGCCCUUGGAGCACCCGGAGCUGUUGUCACUGGGUCUGUGCCGCUCUGGUCUGCUGUUGUAUGGGCCUCCAGGGACAGGGAAGACCUUGCUGGCAAAAGCCGUGGCAACCACAUGUGCCAUGACAUUCCUUAGUGUGAAAGGGCCAGAGCUUAUCAACAUGUACAUUGGGCAAAGUGAGGAGAACGUGCGUAAUGUGUUUGCCAGAGCAAAGGCAGCUGCACCCUGCAUUAUCUUCUUCGAUGAGCUGGAUUCCCUGGCCCCCAGUCGUGGGCGGAGUGGAGAUUCGGGGGGUGUCAUGGACAGAGUUGUCUCACAGCUCCUGGCUGAGCUUGAUGGCCUUCAUUCCACCAGAGAGGUGUUUGUCAUCGGAGCUACGAACAGGCCUGACCUCCUGGACCUAGCUCUGCUCCGGCCGGGCAGGUUUGACAAGCUGGUCUAUGUGGGCAUAAAUGAAGACCGGGAGUCGCAGCUGCAGGUGCUGAGCGCCGUCACCAGGAAGUUUAACUUGGAUCCUUCUGUGAAUCUCACCACCAUUCUAGAAAAAUGCCCAGCUCAGCUGACAGGAGCAGACAUCUACUCCCUGUGCUCAGAUGCCAUGAUGUGUGCUGUCAAACGCAAGGUGGAAUGGAUCGAGGAAGGGCUGGAUACUGAGAGCUCUGCUCUGGUCCUGACCAUGGAAGACUUCCUGCAGGCUGCUGCAAGGCUGCAGCCGUCCGUCUCUGAGCAGGAGCUGCUGAGGUACAGACUCAUCCAGCAGAAGUUUGCUGCCUGCUAACGCUCGGCAGGGCUGGGACUGCUGGAGUGAUGGGGACAGCGCAUUAAGGGGUGCGAGAGAAAAGGCACAAACAGGCACCCGCCUGCUCUUCUCCGAUGUCUCCUGGGCCCCCUUCUUUCAAGCAUGGGUGGAAGAAGUGGUUGUGCAGUUUCUCAAGCCAAAGCCUCGUGUAAGCACUGCUCUGCUCAGCCAGGCUCGUGGGAGGUUCUGUGAUGGUCCCUCACAUCUCAGGGUGCUUUGUGGCUGUGGGGAGUGUAUCAGGGUGACUUCCCCUGCGGGGGGGAAGCUGAGUCUUACAGUUACGGGCAAUGUAGGCACAUCUCCAUAGGUGACAGAGCAUUUUUGAGGGAGCAAGGCCCAAACUGCACCCAGUUUGGCAGCAAGAGUAGGGCUGGCAGCAGUUGCUUGUUGGGGUGUCAGCUGCCUGCAAGGGGUGCUGGCCAGAGGGCAGCAGGACGCAGGGCACCACUGCUGCAGCUGGCCUGGACUCGGCGUGGUCUCUCCAAAUAAAUACAGGCUUUUGGUACUACA